UGACAUGGGACGUCCUCUAGGAGCCCUAUGAUGAUCUUGUACCAUGUGAUGUUGGCUCCAUUGUUCUCUAUCAUAUUACUGCACUAUGGACUUUAUAUAUCACCAGACUGGUAACUAUGGAGUAAUACACAUGGAGUGAAGGUAAGAUGGUCACAUACCUGUGUAGCCCCAUAGUGAGCCCCAUUAUUAUAAGGGGAGACUGGAAUGAUCCAUCAAUCACCUCAUCUAUUUAAGGAAAGAACUUUUCCCGCCAUUAGACCUCUGGCCAAUCAGAACGCUGUUGGGGGGAUGAAGUGUCUCUGGGCAGAAGAUCACUGUUGCCGGGCAGAAUCUGGACGUCCAAUCAGAGGCCGGAAUCAUCUCUUCUCAGAACAGCUGUUACCGGGCAGAAUAACUAAGGGAAAGAAACAACCUGUGGAGAUAGAGGAGCUCCUCAGCAAACUCUAGUCUGACUAGGCCAGCUCCUCCCUUGGUUUAUAAGGGAGCAAUUUGGAGGAGUCCUAUAGGUCACCCACAAGUCACCUGAUCACUGUCACCUUCCCAGGUUACAUAGCUUAACAACAGGACUUAAAGGUAUAGGCACUUAAAUACAGUGUAAGCUCUUGUGUCUCCUGAACACGUGUUCGGCUCUGCUGUGCGGUGGUGUGGUGUCAGGUUACUACAGCUCAGGAAUAUCUUCUCACUCCUGCAGCUGUUGUCAUCGCUCUGAGACAUCACACGGACACAGACGUAAGGACGUAUGCAAUAAGAUUUACAGCUUAGAGCCUGCAGAAUUGAACAACGGAACUGUGUUUUCAUCGAGUAUAACAUAAAAAAGACAAACUAAUAUGGCUCCCAAGAUCCAGCCUAGGAGAUCAGGCGGGAAUGUUCAGGAGAAGCAGGCAAAAUGGAUAUAUUUCUAAAAUCACCUAAAGAAACAAUAAAAACUAGAACACAAAGACAUGGGGAUAGCAUGUAUGGCUCUAGAUACGUAGCCCUUCAGGAGGAAGGAGUAAGAGAGGAGGGAGAGAGUGAAGAUGUGAAUAAUUCUAUAUUAACUUCCAUAUUAAGUGGUGUGGAAAAAAGUAAUAAAGCAUUAGAAGACUUUACAGUACAAGUGGGCAGUCUCAGCUCAGACGUGAGUUUUAUCCGUGAAGAUAUAAAAAAGGUGAAAGAAAGAGUGGGGGAAAUAGAGAACAUGGUGCCCCAGAUGGACGGUAAACUACAAAGCAUCGAGAAAGUGCAGGAAGAACUCACAAAGGAAAAUAAUUUCUUAAAAAGGAAGAUAGAAGAUUUAGAGGAUAGAUCAAGGAGGGCGAAUGUAAGUGUUAUUGGCCUCCCGGAAGGGGAAGAAGGAGCGGACCCUAUUGCCUUCUGCACAAAAUGUCUAGCUGACACCUUUGGAGAACGGACGUUUUCAACCUGUUAUGUUAUAGAAAGAGCCCACAGGAUACCAUAUACCAAACCACCGCCCGGAGCUCUGCCAAGGACCUUACUGCUAAAAUCUAUGUGUGCUAAAGAUAGAGACACCCUAUUGAAGUUAUCAAGGGAGAGGGGAAAAAUUUAAGUUGGGUGUGCGGGUGUUUUCUUUUAUCCGGACUUCUCAAAAGAGACUCAAAGGAAAAGAAUGGAGUAUAGAGACAUUAAGAAGAGACUCCAUAAUUUGAAUAUUGCUUUUUCACUGUUAUUCCCAGCCCGUUUGAGGGUGGUUCAUGAUGGAAAAACACUAAUUUUCCUGUCCGCAGUAGAGGCGGGAAGAUCGAUGGA